AUGAACACACCGACGGACCCCAGCGCUCCCGAGAGGAGCAGUACUGCUCCCACGGCCUUCACGAGUCCAGCCUCCCGUCGUCAACAAAGGAAAAAACGACAACAACCUUCCGAUGAGUCCACGAGCCCAAGAAUCGACUCCACAAUCGAUCUUCGUCAAGGCUUUCCAGCACCACUCCUCCGAUGGCCGUUGUUGACACACCCCGUCGGGCCAGAUGCCGACGAGAGGAUCAACUGGCAAAGCGCACGUCUGGUCAUGCUGGAUAUCAUGGAAAAACAUGGGUUUAGACAAUUCUCCAUGUCCGUCGUCAAUCGCUUGCCUGAUCCCUCGGCUGGCCGCCUCCCUGCGCCCGAACAUAACCAGAACUUGACCUGCCUGAUCAUCACACGACGAAACCUAAACACAAAUUCGUGGUAUUUGGCGCUCAAAGACAUAGAGGAGCAAUUCGAGAUGGGAAAUCUUGCUGGCUUCACAGUCGAAAUCGUUGACCCUGAGAUGUUCAAGCCGCAAUUUCCUGGACCCAUCGGCCCGCACGAGCCCAUUGUGCCGCUCUGGCCGGAUCUGAGGCCUCAAAUCCUCAGUCAGCUUUGGGAACUGGACUGGUUCUCGUUAUCGGUGGUUCACUUCGGACGGCGCUUGGACCCUCUCAAAAACCCUGUCACACUUGUCAUCGGCACGCCUGAGAUCACUUGCCAUACUUGGGAUCCACUGAUUAACGCAAUCCAAGGCAUCCUCAAUCAAUCUGGCCUGGACGACGUUGAGGUCGCGAUUAUCCCGGCAAAGCAUCCAUUGUCUGCUUUCGAGGAUCCUUCUACUUCGGAUGAUCCCCCUGCUUUGGAUAUCAUCACCGACCGAAUUCUCCCAACCUCGGCUUUCCAGUCUGACAUCGAGCCGGGCUCGAGCUUCGGACCCGAUGGUCUUAUUACUACUGCGACUCUGGGCGGAGUUGUGAGACUUCGGGACGGGAACGGGAACACCGAGGACAUGGUCAUGAGCGUCUUUCAUCCCUUCAGAAGCAUCGUGGGUCAAGAACGCGAAGCCAACGGCCUUCGACGAGACACGAGCUCUAAUAUCAACAUCGUGGUCCCAUCCAAACAAGACCGUGACGAGAAGCUCAAGUGGAUUGAAACGUUGAUUCAAGACACGACUCAAGAUAUGGUUCAAUACCAGGAGAAGCUUGAGUGGACCGGCGAGGAACGUUGGCAGAAAGCUCUCGACAUACGUGUCCCCGAGGUCGAAAGAUAUCAAGCCGAGAAGAAGAUUGUCGAGGCAUUCGACCCAUAUGCCGGGGUCCUACGGGCUUAUUCUGGAUUUCAGACCCAAAGCCUGCACGAUUGGUCACUAUCGGCAGUAUCGAAUCGCGCGUUAAAGCUCAACACCCUCCCUGCGAGGAGUGAAAAUCUUCCCUUCUCUAUGGAUGCAUCUUACCAUCCAUUGUCAUCCGAGAUCAAGUACCGCUCCGCACAAAGUCCUCAGUCCGGCGAAAAAGUCUGGAAAAAGGGCCGCACGACAGGCAUCACGUCGGGAAAAAUCAGCCAUCUCAGGACAGACAUCGCUUUGCCUAAUUCUCUGGGCCAGAAAAUCAUCUUCACUGGGUGGGAAAUUACCCCUGAUCCUGAUCAGACCGGGCAACGCGGGUCCUUUGUUCGGGGUAGAGACUCGGGCGCAUGGGUUGUAGAUAUGGAUGGAAGUUGGCGUGGUAUGGUAUUUGCUGAGCUCACAUCCGGAAGUGGUGUCAUGGAGGAUGUUGAGGUUAUUGUUCAAGAUGUCGAGCGCAUGACGGGCUGUACACUUGAACUACCCUGA